AUGCAAUGUUCGGCCUUGAGGAAGAACGGUUUCGUCGUCAUCAAGAACCGCCCUUGCAAGAUUGUCGACAUGUCCACCUCCAAGACUGGCAAGCACGGUCACGCCAAGGUCCACUUGGUCGCCCUUGAUAUCUUCACCGGCAAGAAGCUCGAAGAACUUUGCCCUUCUACCCACAACAUGGACGUCCCCAACGUCACUCGCCGCGAGUACCAGCUUGUAAGUAUUUUUUUCUUCCGCAUAUACACCAAAUUUGAUAAUCCCUGGGACAUGUCACUAAUUUCGCGCCAGCUCGACAUUGCUGAUGACGGUUUCCUCUCCCUCAUGAGCGAUGAUGGUGAGACCAAGGACGACGUCAAGCUGCCCGACGGUGAGAUCGGUGAGAAGAUCAACCGUCUCUUCACCACCGAGGAGAAGGACACCAACGUUGUCAUUCUCACUGCCAUGGGUGAGCAGGCCGCCGUUGAGGCCAAGGAGGCUCCUCGCGGCGCUUAA